AGGGAAGAGCGUCCUCGCACGCUGUACGCCUAACACGACGUCUUCGCUGAUUGGAUCCUGCCCCACGAGGCCGUCUGGUGAUUGGCCGUGGCGCGCGGGUGCUUUUCUUUCCCCGGCCAGUUCUGAGAGGUGGACGCCGGAGAAGAAAUGAGGAUGGUUCGGGUUGCUAUAGCUGCAGCGAAGAGGCCGAGGAGGUGAGGAAGCGGAAACAGCCGAAGCGACCCCGGACAGCAAAGCAUUAUAAACACCCACCAUGAAUUUUGAAGGUCUUGAUCCAGCCCUUGCAGAGUAUGUUCCCUCCCUACUUCCUGCCCUAGACCCCCACCUCAACCCAAAUCUGUUACAGAAUGUGGAGCUGGAUCCAGAGGGAGUUCCUUUGGAAGGCAUCGCUGUGCCUGAGUCAGUGCAUAUCAUGGAGGGCAUGUAUUCCGAACUCCACACCAUUGUUUCAGAAGUGGGUGUACCUGUUUCCUUCUCCCACUUUGACCUACACGAAGAAAUGCUCUGGGUUGGAAACCAUGGAGGUCAUGCCACUUCUUUCUUUGGUCCAGCCCUGGAACGGUAUUCUUCCUUCCAGGUACACAGCAGUGAUGACAUUCGACAGAUCCAAAGCCUGGAAAAUGGUGUGCUGUUUCUGACCAAAAACAACCUAAAAUACAUGUCAAGAGGUGGGCUCAUAAUCUUUGAUUACCUCAUGGAUGAAAGUGAGGACAUGCACAGCCUUUUACUGACUGAUCCUGGCACUUUGCUUGUUGGAGGUCUAACCAGCCAUGUGAUUGAAAUAGACCUCAAUACAGUGCAAGAAACUCAGAAGUAUUCAGUGGAGAUUCCUGGAGUUACAAUUAUGAGACAGUCCAAUCGUUUCUUCUUUUGUGGUCACACCUCAGGAAAGGUUUCCCUACGUGAUCUCCGCACUUUUGCUGCAGAACAUGAGUUUGAUGCCUACUCAGGCAGUUUGUCCGAUUUUGACGUCCAUGGCAAUCUGUUGGUGACAUGUGGCUUCUCCAGUCGAAUGAAUGGCCUAGCUUGUGAUCGUUUCCUCAAGGUGUAUGAUUUACGCAUGCUGAGAGCCAUUACACCUCUGCAGGUCCACAUUGAUCCUCUGUUUCUGAAGUUUAUUCCUACCUACACGUCUCGCUUGGCCAUCAUCUCACAGACAGGUCAAUGUCAGUUCUGUGAACCUACUGGAUUAGCCAAUCCUGCUGACAUAUUUCAUGUUAAUACAGUGGGGCAGCUAAUAAUGAGCUUUGAUGUGUCAUCCAGCAAACAAGCUAUGGUUUUUGGAGACUCGGAAGGCUGUGUCCACUUGUGGGCUGAUUCACCUGAGAUCACCUUCAACGCUUACUCCCGGGAAACUGACUUUGCCUUACCUUGCAUUGUGGAUACCUUGCCCCACCUUGACUGGAACCAAGAUCUCAUGCCCUUGUCACUUAUACCUGUUCCUCUGACCACUGAGUCGUUGCUGUCUGACUGGCCUGCGGCCAAUUCUAUCCCUGCACCCAGACGAGCUCCACCUGUUGAUCCAGAUAUCCUUCGGACCAUGAAGAAAGUUGGCUUCAUUGGAUAUGCUCCAAACCCCAGGACGAAGCUCCGGAAUCAGAUUCCCUACCGAUUAAAGGAGCUUGACAACGAAUUUGAUAAUUUCAGUCAAGUCCCUGAAUCCCCCAUAGGAAGAGAAGAGGAGCCACGGAUCUAUAUGGUGGCAAAGAAAUACAGGAAGGUCACAAUAAAAUAUUCCAAGCUGGGCCUGGAAGAUUUUGACUUCAAACAUUACAAUAAGACACUCUUUGCUGGUCUUGAGCCCCACAUUCCAAAUGCUUACUGCAAUUGCAUGAUCCAGGUUCUUUAUUUCUUAGAGUCUGUGCGCUGCUUGGUCCAGAAUCAUUUAUGCCAGAAGGAGUUCUGCCUCAGCUGUGAGCUUGGUUUUUUAUUCCACAUGCUGGAUUUGUCCAGGGGAGACCCUUGUCAGGGGAGUAAUUUUUUGCGUGCCUUCCGCACCAUCCCAGAAGCAGCUGCUUUGGGAUUGAUCUUGGCUGAUUCAGAUGAAGCUACAGGGAAGGUGAACUUAGGUCGGUUGAUUCAAAGCUGGAACAGAUUUAUUCUGACCCAGCUCCACCAGGAGACUCAAGAGCAGGAGGGCCCUCAGGCUUACCGAGGCAUUGGGAGCAGCAACUUUGGAUCUUCUGGGGACUCGGUCAUUGGGCAGCUUUUCAGCUGUGAAGUGGAGAAUUGCAGUAUGUGCCGCUGUGGCAAAGAGACAGUGCGAGUCUCUUCUACUCUCCUCUUUACUCUCUCUUAUCCUGAGAACAAUGAUAAAAUAAUGGAUUAUGAAUUUGCCCAGAUAUUAAAGAGAAGCAUUUGUCUGGAACAGAACACUCAGGCCUGGUGUGAGAAUUGCGAGAAGUACCAACCCACAGUCCAGACACGCAACAUCCGCUGUCUGCCAGAUGUGUUAGUCAUUAAUUGUGAAGUCAACAGCUCCAAGGAAGCAGAAUUUUGGAAGGUGCAAGCUGAGUAUGCUUUUAAGAAGAAGAUGCUGAAGAAGGGUUGCCUGGAAUUCCCCAAAAGUAGAGAAAUAGCAGUUGGAGAAUGGAAUGAGUUAGGAAUGGCUGAGGGAGGACACUCUUACACCUCCAUUGAAGAGCUAAAGAACAUCUGGAUUCCUUAUUCCAUCAAGAUGAAGCUCUCCAAGAACAAGGAGUUGGAGGUUUACAACUGGGAUGAAAGCAGUGAAUUGGGCAUGUUGGAGGAUCAAGAAUCUACGUACAUCUAUGACCUCAUGGCAACAGUUGUACAUAUUUUAGAUUCCCGGACUGGUGGCAGCCUUGUGGGGCAUAUCAAAGUUGGAGAGACCUACCACCAAAGAAAGGAGGGUGUCACACACCAGCAGUGGUAUCUUUUUAAUGACUUUCUCAUUGAGCCUGUGGAUAAGUGUGAGGCUGUCCAAUUUGACAUGACCUGGAAAGUGCCUGCUAUCCUUUAUUAUGUGCGGAGGAACCUCCACUCCAAGUACAAUUUACACAUCAAGAACCCGAUUGAAGCCAGCGUGUUGCUUGCUGAGGCUUCCCUUGCUCGCAAACAGCGCAAGUGUCACGCCACUUUCAUCCCCCUCAUGCUGAGCGAAAUGCCUCAGGUUGGAGACUUGGUGGGAUUGGAUGCCGAGUUUGUCACCCUCAAUGAGGAGGAAGCUGAGCUUCGCAGUGACGGGACCAAAUCCACCAUCAAACCCAGUCAGAUGUCAGUGGCCAGGAUCACGUGUGUCCGGGGGCAGGGUCCCAAUGAGGGCGUUCCUUUCAUUGAUGAUUACAUUUCCACACAAGAACAGGUAUGCAGCUCAAAAAACAUAUUCCACGUUUUUAAGACCGUGCAAAAAGAUGCCAAAAUUUCAUCCAAACAUCUCACAACCCUCAAAUCCACCUAUUUAAAGCUACGCUUCCUUAUAGAUGUUGGAGUCAAGUUUGUGGGCCAUGGAUUGCAAAAAGAUUUCCGGGUUAUCAAUAUCAUGGUUCCCAGAGAUCAAGUAAUCGACACCGUGUAUUUGUUCCACAUGCCUAGGAAGAGGAUGAUCUCCUUGCGCUUCCUUGCCUGGUAUUUUUUGGACCUGAAAAUUCAAGGAGAAACUCAUGACAGCAUUGAAGAUGCACGAACAGCACUUCAGCUGUACCGGAAAUACACGGAACUGAGCACUGGAGGCUUGGAACCGGAGGAAUUCCGGAAGGUGCUGAAGGGCCUCUACGAAAAAGGGAGAAAAAUGGACUGGAAGGUCCCUGAGCCUGAUGGCCAGAGCAGCCCCAAGAGUGCUGCAGUCUUCUCAAGUGUGUUGUCUCUCUGAUCCACGUCACCCUACCAUUUCCCUUGAGUCCCUUGAGAAGAGGACCAUCCCAAGCCUGCUCCCUGGAAUAUGGAUAUCAAUGGACCGGAAGAUAGUGUGGAUGUAUAAGACAAGAAGGCACAGUAAUUAAUGCAUAGUGGACAUGAAUUUGAGGGAUCGGAGGAUUUCUUUUGGAAAGUCUCUUGAAUCUCAGGUCACAUUUUAAACAACCUUGGCAAAGAGAGUACAUGAGACAGUUUAGGUGCAGGCCACAGAGGGUCACGCUUCCUUUCAAAGACCUGCAUGCAUUCACCAACUACAUGAUGCAGCAUCCAUUAGGUGCUUAGGGAUAAGCUGUUCUUGAUAAAAAAAAAGAUGGUGAGAAGCAACUGAUGAAGUGUUUUAAGAUCCUUUCUACACCUGUCAGUGUUCUUAGUAGAGCUUGCAGGAGGCCCCUGUUCUCUCUAGCUGGGAGUUGCUCCUAAAAAAACCCAGAGCUGGACUCUUACUGUCAUGGAAGUUUUAAUCUUUUAAUCUUUUCUAUAUGUAAAUUGUGAUCAAGGUUACAUAAA